CAUGUGGGCAGCAAAGAGGAGUCCCCAAGGAUGCAGGUGUCCAAGGACAACUCCAAAGAUUAUGAGAUAACAAUUCCCUUCCUUCUGAAUGGAGAGCAGUGGAGACCAGUGCAUGGCAUUUAUUCAAAGAACCACCCAGCACUGCUGCAGUUUGUAAUUCAAGCUGAAAAUAAACGUCUGGUCAUCGAUCUGGAGAGGAAUGAGGGCCUGCUGGCCAGAGGCUUCACAGAGACCCAUUACCUGCAGGAUGGCACUGACGUGGUUCUCACACGCAAUCGCACGGGCCACUGCUUCUACCACGGCCACGUCCAGGGCUUCCCCGGCUCCUCCGUCAGCCUCAGCACCUGCUCAGGACUCAGGGGAAUCAUUGUGUUUGGAAACAGCAGCUACAUUCUGGAGCCAUUGGAAGGUGCUACGAGCGAACACAAGAUCUACCGAGCGGAGAAGCUGAGAGCAGCCCCGGGGUCCUGUGGCCACCAGCUGGACAUCCCUGCCACGGGGGCUGCUGCCAGUGCCACGCCACAGCAUCCUCCAGCUGCCAGGUACAAGAGGGAGACUCUGAAGACAACGAAGUACGUGGAGCUUGUUAUUGUGGCAGAUAAUCGUGAGUUUCAGAGACAAGGCAAAGAUGUGGAAAAAAUUAAGCAGAGGCUGAUAGAAAUUGCAAACUACGUUGAUAAGUUCUACAGGUCCCUGAACAUCCGAGUGGCCCUGGUGGGAGUGGAGGUGUGGAAUGACAUGGACAAGUGCUCCAUCUCCCAGGACCCCUUCACCAGCCUGCACGAGUUCCUGGACUGGAGGAAGCUCAAGCUCCUACCUCGGAAAGCCCACGACAAUGCCCAGCUCAUCAGCGGCGUGUACUUCCAGGGCACUACCAUUGGCAUGGCUCCCAUCAUGAGCAUGUGCACAGCAGAGCAGUCUGGAGGGGUCGUCAUGGAUCACUCAGAAAACCCUCUGGGUGCAGCAGUGACGCUGGCUCACGAGCUGGGGCACAACUUUGGGAUGAAUCACGACACCCUGGAGAGGGGCUGCAGCUGCAGAGCUUCCACUGACAAAGGGGGCUGCAUCAUGAACCCCUCCACUGGCUAUCCAUUCCCCAUGGUCUUCAGCAGCUGCAGCAGGAAGGACCUGGAAAACAGCCUGGAGAAAGGAGUGGGGAUGUGCCUGUUUAACCUGCCUGAGGUGAAGGAGUCCUUUGGUGGCCAGAAGUGUGGGAAUGGCUACGUGGAGGAUGGAGAGGAGUGUGACUGUGGGGAGCCCGAGGAAUGCACAAACCCGUGCUGCAAUGCCACCACCUGUGCCUUGAACCCAGGAGCAGUGUGUGCACAUGGGCUCUGCUGCAAGGACUGCCAGCUCAAACCAGCGGGGAUUUCUUGCAGAGAGUCGAGCAAUUCCUGUGAUCUGCCCGAGUUCUGCACGGGGGCCAGCGCGCAGUGCCCGGCCAAUGUGUACCUGCACGACGGGCACGCGUGCCACGGGGUGGAUGGCUACUGCUACAAUGGCAUCUGCCAGACCCACGAGCAGCAGUGCAUCACCCUCUGGGGCCCAGGUGCAAAACCCGCUCCUGGGAUCUGCUUUGAGAGAGUCAAUUCUGCCGGAGACCCUUACGGCAACUGCGGGAAGGACUCCAAGAGCUCCUUUGCCAAAUGUGAACCCAGGGAUGCGAAGUGUGGAAAAAUCCAGUGUCAAGGAGGAGCCAACCGACCCGUCAUCGGUACCAACGCAGUUUCCAUAGAAACCAACAUCCCGCUGCAGGAGGGGGGCAAGAUCCUGUGCCGUGGCACCCACGUGUACCUGGGGGAUGAUAUGCCUGACCCUGGGCUGGUGCUGGCAGGAACCAAGUGUGGAGAUGGGAAAAUUUGCCUGAACCGGCGGUGCCAGAACACCAGUGUUUUUGGGGUCCAUAAAUGUGCCACCAAGUGCCAUGGACGGGGGGUCUGCAACAACAAAAAGAACUGUCACUGUGAGGCGGACUGGGCCCCCCCCUUCUGUGACAAGCCAGGCUUUGGUGGCAGCGUGGACAGUGGGCCCAUCCGACAGGCAGACAAUAAGAGUUUGACCAUAGGAGUGUUGAUAACCAUCCUGUGCCUUAUCUUUGCUGGAUCAAUCAUGUACCUCAAAAGGAAGACUUUCAUGAGGUGGUUGUUUACAAGCAAGAAGACAACAAUAGAGAAAUUAAGGUCUGUGAGUCCAGCAAGACCUUCCAGUUCAUCUGAGCCAAAUCAUGUUCAUACCAUAUGUGUUAGUAAAAGCCUCAUUGUGAAGCCACAAAAUACAGCCAUACAAAAAGUACCAGAUCAUCGACAUCAGCGACCCUGUGAAGACACACCAGGUGCCACCAUUGAAAACACCCCAGAGGGUGCUGCCACCCCUUCCCCAGCUGCCAGGCCACCAAGCUGGGCCUGAGAGACCCCUGCCAGCCAACCCUUCACUGAGGUUCUCCCAGGAGCCCCCCAAGCCCAGCGCCCCUCGGAAGCCUCUCCCCGCGGACCCGCUAGGCCGCGCGCGCCAGGGCCCGGCCGGACGGCCCCGGGCUGUGCCCCACGCCAGCCCUGCCAGACCUGCUCCCAAACAUCCACCACAGGUAUCCAGGUCCAGCAACACUAUGGAUGUGAAAUGAGGAGAAAACCUGACACCUUUAUUUUAAAAAGUGAAGACAGAAGUUUGCACUAUCUUCAACUCCAGCUGGAGUUCAUUUCUAUGACAAUACUUAGAAUUUUUAAUGUUUAAAACAGCAUUAUUUUUAAGAAUUCUGAGCUACUGCCUUUGGUGCUGUGCUGUGCUAUGGUGCUCUGUAUACUUGCUCAGGUACUUGUAAAUUAUUAAUUUAUGUUGAAUAUUUAUUACAGUGCAGUGCACUGUAGUAGAUAUUUUUACCAUAGCUGAGUUUUCCUAAAAAGGAAACCUUUUUUUUUUGUAAUAUUUCACUGAACUUGAAUCAUUCUGCUCUGUUGGUCCUAUGUAGGUUUCUUAGUUUUGUUCUUUAAGGGGUGCUGAUGCAGAUCAAUGAAAUGUGUAAACAGCUCCAUCUCAAUGGUCCUUACCCAACUUCUGAGUAAAUAUGGCAGGGGGAAAAGACAAAAUCUCUCCUGGAACUGGGUGAAAAGACAAAAUCUCUCCUGGAACUGGGUGAAAAGACAAAAUCUCUCCUGGAACUGGGUGAAAUGCCCAGUACUGCACACAAGGUGUGACCUGUAUGUAAGCAAAGGCUCACUCUGUGUCUGCAGUUGUACUGUAAUCUCAAUUUUCAUGUUACUGUCUGAGAUCUCCCAGAAAUCUCUGUGCUGAAAGAGGAUGUACCCACCUGGGAGAAGUCCUCUCACUGAAGAAGUACUGUAUAUCACCAAGCUGUGGUGGUUUUAACCUCAUUUUCCUCAAACACAGCCUGCUCAGUCCAUAUUAACGCAGAUAUCAGGCCUCCCUGUGCCAUCUCCUUUUUGAUGCUUUGGUAAUUAAAUUCCACCACCUCAUUGUUGUCCUGAUUAGACUGGCAGUGCAUUACACCCAGGGCUGGGGGGAAGCCAAGAAUUACAAAGAAUUACAUUUAAAAAUCAACUUUUAUAUUAUUUCCUUUUGCCUCACUGCUCUGCUUAUCACCUGUAUUUUGCAUAUUUACUACUGUUUUGUAUUAAACUUCUACAACGUUGCUCCAGGUUCCUUAAUUCCCAAAUCAAAAUGUGUAUUUUAAUACAUAGACUUGGAUUAUCCAAAAAAAAAGAAAAAGAAGUUCAUCUCUGCUCUGUGAUUACACCUGAUCUCUUCUGUGCCUUCUCAGUAGCACUGCUGAACAGUUUCACCUGUAAAAACAGCAAUUUUUAAUUAUCAGCUGAAGCAGAGGGAGAAGGGACUAUCACCUUUCAUGGUUUCCUCAUUGCUUGUGGUUUUUGUUUCCUUAAGCAAAAAUAAAAGCAUUGAUAGAAACUCA